CAUGUUUACGAUAGAGUUACUGAUAGUGAAAUUUUGUACUCUCUCUCUCUCACCUACCAUCGCUAGAAACUAAAACGUGACGACUUAUUGGACAAAUCACAAACUCAAUUACCUACUUAUAUCCAAACCCAAUUUUAAUACCUCCAUUUCCAAUCCAAAUCCUGAAACCUCAACCUCAAACUACUGAUACAAAAAUGGCGACUCAACAGAAGGGCAGCAGCAUUGAUCCAAAGAGUGGGUUUUGCUCAAAGACCAAGACUUUCCACAGCCUGAGACCCAAAUCCCAACUCCCUCCCCAAACCACGCCUCUUUCCCUCACCCACUACCUCCUCUCCCACCUCCACCACUCCCCUCCCCUGCCUUCCACUCCAGCCCUCCUCGACGCCGCCACCGCCCACCAUAUUCUCUACCCCGAGUUCAUUUUUCGAGUCCGAACCCUCGCCGCCUCGCUUCAAUCCCAGCUCGGCCUCUCCCACGGCCAAUGCGCAUUCGUUCUCUCCCCCAACUCCCUCCACCUCCCCAUCCUCCACCUCUCUCUCCUCUUCCUCGGCGUCAUCGUCUCCCCUUCCAACCCCGCCAGCUCCAGUCCCGAAAUUUCCCACCAAAUCCGCAUAUGCAGGCCCGCCGUCGCAUUCGCCACCUCCGCCACCGCUCAAAAAAUUCCCAACUCCCUCCGCCUCGGGACCAUCCUCCUUGACUCCGCCGAGUUCGAGUCCAUGAUGAUGACCUGUCCGAGUUCGACCGAAUCGCUUCGAGUUGAAGUGAGGCAAUCAGACACCGCCACGAUUCUCUACUCAUCCGGGACCACCGGGAGGGUCAAAGGCGUGGAGUUGACUCACUGGAACUGGAUAUCGAUGAUGGCCGGCAUCCACGCGGUUCGAAACCCAUCGGCUCCACACGCUGUUUGUCUCUGUACGGUGCCGUUUUUUCACGUGUACGGGUUCGCGUACUGCCUGAGAGUUUUGGUGACGGGGGACACGCUGGCGUGGAUGGGAAGGUUCGAUUUGAAGCUGAUGAUGAGAUCCAUCGAGCGGUUCCGAAUCGCCCACAUGGCCUGUGCCCCGCCGGCGGUCGUGGCUUUGGUGAAGCACGGGGACAUAAACGAGAUGGACGGCUACGAUUUGAGCUCCCUGCAAGUGAUCGGCUGCGGCGGCGCUCCGCUGGCGAAGAGUGUGGUCGAGAAGCUGAGGAAGCGGCUGCGGAACGUACAAGUCUCACAGGGAUAUGGGAUGACGGAGACGACGGCCCGAGUGUUUGGCGCGCUGGGCCCGGAAGAAACCCGAGUGGAAGGAGCUAAUGGAAGGCUGAUGUCAGAUAUUGAGGCCAAGAUUGUGGAGCCUGGGACCGGGAGUGCCCUGCCUCCUUUGAUGCAAGGGGAAAUUUGGGUUAGAGGACCAUACGUUAUGAAAGGUUACACUGGUGACGAAGAAGCAACUGCUGCAAUUUUCGACUCAGAAGGAUGGUUAAAAACUGGAGACAUUUGCUACAUAGACAAUGAAGGUUUUCUAUAUUUUGUCGAUCGAAUAAAGGAAUUGAUCAAGUACAAAGGCUACCAGGUUGCCCCGGCGGAGUUGGAGGAUCUGCUUCACUCCCAUCCAGACAUUGUCGAUGCAGCUGUGAUUCCGUACCCAGAUGAGGAAGCAGGUCAAGUACCCAUGGCCUUCGUCGUGAGGAGCCUUGGAAGUGCCAUUGAUGAAUCACAGAUCAAGGAUUUCAUUGCGAAACAGGUUGCGCCGUAUAAGAAGAUUCGACGCGUAACAUUCAUCGGUGCAAUACCAAAGAAUGCGCAGGGAAAAGUGUUGAGGAAGGAAUUAAUCAAACUUGCACUAUCCAAGUUAUGAAUUCCAGUUUCUUUCUUCUGGUGUUAGUUUAUAUUUCAAGCUCCCGAGUGUAAAUACGAUUAAUUGCUUGGCCAGCAAGCAAAGAUAGUCAUUACUUCAAUGUAUGUAAAGACUGCAGCUUCAUUCACGCUAGUUGCGAUUGGAAGAGCUUCAUCCAUAGUUUGGUGUUGCUCUGGCUUUUCCCUAACAUCAGAUUCCUUCAAAUUCAAAAUAUGUUAGGUAUCCA